AUGGAAAUUUAUUGUGAGAAAGUUAAGGAUUUAUUGUGUCCAAAGAAUGAUAAUUUGAAAGUUCGAGAACAUCCAGUUUUGGGUCCAUAUGUUGACAAUCUUGAAAAAAUUGCUGUCAAGUCUUAUGAAGAAACAGUAGCAGCUACAAAUAUGAAUUCAACGUCAUCACGUUCACAUGCAAUUUUUACAAUUGUGCUUACUCAACGAGAGCAUGUUAACAAUUUGGAUACUGAAAAAGUGAGCAAAAUUUCGUUGGUCGAUCUUGCUGGUUAG